AUGACUUUACACUCCGUCCUUGAACAGACCUUUCAGCAAACUUUUGUUCUAAUAUUUCAAAGAAAUUUUUCAGUCCAGAAUUUCAUCAAUUUAAGAUGCUUACUGCUUCAAAACAAUCUUUUAGGACUCGUUCUACCAACGGAUGUCGACGGGGAAAUAUUUCAAAACCUCCAUAACGUCGAGUUCAUUAAUCUUUCAAAAAAUAAAAUAGCAUAUUUACCAAACCUUUUAUUUAAAGAGCAACACAAUUUCAAAAGAUUAGACCUCAGUGAAAAUAUGAUUGAUGAUAUAAACUUUAGAAUUUCUCAUAUGAGAAAGCUCAUGUUUUUGAAUGUAAGAAAUAAUAGAAUAUCUACACUGAGUCAAUAUGCCAUGAACGAGUUGGACUCGAUUGCCAAAGUGAAUACAAAUCUCACUAUUGAUCUUGGUGGAAAUAAUCUUGUAUGCAUUUGUGAUUCUCUGUCUUUCGUGAAAUGGAUAGUAAACACACCAACUAAUUUUCAUCUUUUGGAGAAAUACGAAUGUAAAACAUCAAAAAACACCAUCAAUCUUUUUCGAAACCCUAGAAAAGUUUACGAAACCAUACAAAAGGAAUGUAUGUCAUAUGAAGGUUUAAUAAUCGGAGUAACGACAGGAAUAUUGAUGUUUAUUUUUAUUCUUUGUGGUAGUAUUGCUUACAGAUACAGAUGGAAACUACGCUAUCUUUACUACAUGGUCAAGGUCAAAUGGCAUGACCCCGAACAUAAAUCAGACAACAAAGAUGAACGACUAUACAUGUAUGAUGCUUUCGUGUCAUAUGCAAAUGAGGAUGACACAUUUGUCCACCACCAACUUCUCAAUAAUCUAGAGAAACAUGGUGGAAUUCAGUUGUGCUUGCAUAGGCGGAAUUUCCUACCCGGAAAUGACAUCGCCACUAAUAUCACAUCCGCAAUUCAUAACAGUCGGAAAACUAUUGUCAUAAUGUCUGCAAAUUAUUUAGCUUCGUACUGGUGUAUGUUCGAAUAUAAUAUGGCUAAAAUGGAGAGUAUCUAUGAACGCAAUUGUGAGAACAUCCUUUUCCUAGUAUUUUACGAGCAAAUGUCUGCUUGCGAUCUUCCACUUAAAGUACUGGAACUGGUUCAUUGUCAAUCAUAUAUUGAGUAUCCAAAUGAUGAGUACGGCGAUGUUGUCUUUCGGGAACAGCUUCAAAAGGCAAUCAAAUCCUAAAUGUAAAUAUAUUUGACGCUACGUAUCGUUAAUUAUAUACAAGGACUUCCGGUAUGCAUUCAGCUUAUUAAGUGUGUUACAUUAGAUGUUUUGUCAACAAUAUGUAAUAAGUUUAUAGGUUCUUCUGAAAUAGAUCAACUAUUAUUGCUUUAGCAAAUAUGAAUUACGGAUUUCCUUUUCUAGAAAGUUAACCAUUUGUGUUAUAAUUUCGCCAUACUAACCAAAUAUAUGUUUAUAAAACGUAAUAUACAGAGUGCUCUAAAGAACCGCGUAGAGUUUAAAUUAUAAUAAGAGACUAACCAAACUUUCGUUUUUUCUCCAUCAUAUAUGUUGGUUAUAUAUGAUGAUUUCAUUUGUUCAAAACAAUUAAGCAGAUAUUAAAAUAAGUUUGUAUAUCACGUGAACCACCUGCUGUGCUAUACACUAGAUGAAUCUUAGUAUAAUAACAAGAUAUCUACAGUAUGACCUACUGACGCUUGAUUACAAAUUCUGAAUGUACUUGUAUUGGUAUUGUUUUAUUGAUUAUUUUUUAUAGCAAUGCAUGAUGUAUAAAUGUAUAUUAAUGGCCGGUAAAAAUAUGGACUAAAAUGUGACAUUGUAAAAAACCAUUAGUAUUUUCUUACAAUUGAAGUAUAAAACAUGUUCAAUAUUUUUAUGUUGAAAAUAUUAUGAAAGCCAACACUUUUAUUUAAAUACAUGUACUUUUCUUAGACAGCAGAACUUUAUGAUUUAAAAUGUGAAGAUACAAAAUAUUGUAUUGCUGUACCAGAAUCGAUCAAUCGUUUUGUAUCAAAGAUAUCCCUAUUUUAGAUUUUCCGUUGGGAGCGAUUUUUUUUACCAAAAAAAACAACACAGUGUGGUAAAUUUUAAUUAGUUCUUUUACCUUUAACCAGCAAAAUUCGUUACACCUGACUAAAGUAAGUUAGCAGUUAAAAGUCGAUACGUUUUCUUUUAAGAUAUGUUACCAUUUUCGAAAACAAUUAUCACCAGCUAUAACUGUAGAAGGUAUGAAUGACCAUGUAUAGAUGUGUUUUUAUUUUUGUUUUAUGAUCAUUUACCAAAAGCUGUUUUGUUAAACAUUUACCUUAUAACUAUUCCUUCAGUUUAAUUCAUGUAUAGAAUAAAACAAUACGUAAUACGAUACCAAUGCAAACGAUAUUUUUGAGUAACAAAGGAAUAAUUUGAAUGCGUAUUUAAUCCGACGAAUAAUGGAACAAUUGUUAACAUGUUAAUCGAUAAUGGAAUAAUAUAAUAAUAUAGCAAUAGCAUUCGUUUUUGAAAAAAACAAAGAUAUUUUGUGAAAAGGAUAGAUUAAAUAUUAGUAGGAUAAUAGUUGUAGAAAGUGGAGAAGUCAGUUUAAACUUUUUUUUUGGGGAAUUUUUUGCCACUUAUGAUUGGGUGAUACAAUCUGAAAUAUCUUUCAUAAUACAUAUUCAGUAAUGUUUGAAAUGUGUGCAAGUGGAUCAGGAAGACACCUAUUCUCCUAUUUAUUUCCGUUGUCUUUAAAUAAAGACCCUAAUGUAUACAAUGCUUUUUUAAUUGUUUUAUUUCUCAAACUGAAAAGGGGAGAUGAAGUGCCACUGUUAUAAAGAACGCCAUGAAUUUAAAAGUAAAUAAGUUAUUUCUUCCAGUUGAAUAUAAUAAACAUUGAUAUAUCCAAAGCUGUCAACAUGACUCAAGACCCAUAUAAUAAAAGUAUUUACACUUUUGGUAUUCAGCUGAAUUUUGUCCCCGAAUGACCGUAGAUCUAUUUCCGAAUAACCUUCUGACGUCAAGAAACAAUCACUUUUUAAGUGUGACGUCAAAUGUUUUGAAUUGUGAUGUCAAAGUUUACGGGAACCUGUAUGAUUUUACGUAAUGGCGAACAAAUUUGCAUACAAGUGUAAAUACGCCUAUUUAGAAUUGUCCAUAUCUUUAUUUAGAAUAUGUAGAUGGUGUUUACUAAAUUUGUUAUAUACUUUGUCCAAUAGGUAGUAACCCUAAGCAAAAUUAUUAUUUAGAAAACGUUGGUGACUCUUAAAAAAAUGUGCAUGUAUUGUGUGUGUUUCCAGGACACGUGAGAUUUUUUUAAAUUAUCAGCAAUCACCUUGGUUUACAGUUGAUAUUUGACAGCAGGAAGGUUAUACUUUAUUGAACAUCCAUUUGCAGACUAGCACUUCAGAUAACAUGGAUAAUACAUAAGUUGUUUGGUAUAAACUAUUUCAAAUGGCUUGCAUUUUCUUAUUGAAGUACAACAAAACUAGAUAACGUAAAAUUUUGAGGCAUGUAUUUCUGCUAGUUCUAAACUGUUCACAAAAAAGCUGUCUUUGAAAAAUAUUUAAGUUUUCCAUAUUUCUCAAUGUUAAAAUUGAGAAUGGAAAUGGGGAAUUGUCAAAGAGACAACAACCCGACCAUAGAACAGACAACAGCAGAAGGUCACCAACAGGUCUUCAAUGCAGCGAGAAAUUCCCACACCCGGAGGCGUCCUUCAGCUGGCCAUGUUAAACAACUAAUUUUAACAAGUUCAUAUUAUAUAUAUAUAUAAAUCUGUAACAUUAUCUUAUUAUCAUGUAUGCUCAUGUUACAUAAAAUAUAACAUACAUUUG